AUGCUGAAGAAGGCUCCUGCCGAUGGUGCUUUUUACGUUGACCUCCUGCGCAACCGCGUGAACCCGGGUGUCGACGACUCCAGCUAUGUGAAGGCAAACUUUCUCCGCGACAUCAUCCAUGGCACCGCCUCGACGCCCUUGGUUUCCAAGGCGGAUGCGGUGGAGAUGCUCGGAUGGAUGCAGGGAGGUUACAACGUCGCUCCACUUGUGGAGGCCCUGGAUCUCGACCAAGACCUGGCCUCUGGCGCCGUGACAGGCCUCAGUCGCAUGAUCUUGAUGUUCGACGCUUACCAUGACGUCGAGGACAAGAUGAAGAAAGGAAACCCUUUUGCCAAGCAGGUGAUUGAGUCCUGGGCAAGCGCUGAUUGGUUCACAAGUCGCCCCACAGUUCCGGAGAAGGUGACUCUCUGCGUCUUCAAGGUUACCGGAGAGACAAACACCGAUGACCUGUCGCCUGCCCCGGACGCCUGGUCACGUCCAGACAUCCCCCUGCACGCCUUAGCGAUGCUGAAGUUUCCUCGUGACGGCAUCACAAAUGCCGCGCAGCAGAUCGCAGACUUGAAAACGAAGGGUCACCAGCUCGCCUAUGUCGGAGACGUUGUGGGCACUGGCUCUUCGCGCAAGUCGGCUACGAAUUCCAUCCUUUGGUACAUGGGCCAGGAUAUCCCUUGCGCUCCGAACAAGCGCACCGGUGGCUUCGUGAUCGGCGGCGUGAUUGCGCCCAUCUUUUUCAACACCAUGGAGGACUCCGGUGCACUGCCCUUGGAGAUGGAUGUCAAGGACCUGAACAUGGGUGACCUCAUCGACCUUUGCGUGUAUGAUCAAGUUAUCAAGAAGCAUGGCACCGACGAGGUCAUCACCAAGUUCGACCUCAAGCACGGGCUGAUGCUGGACCAGGUGCAGGCGGGUGGCCGCAUCCCGCUGAUCAUCGGCCGCGGACUCACCAACAAGGCCCGCGAGAGCCUGAAUUUGGGCAUGUCCACCACCUUCAAGCAGAUGGCCCAGCCAGAUGUGAAUGUGAAGGGCUUCACACUAGCUCAAAAGAUGGUUGGAAAGGCCUGCGGCCUUGACGGCGUGGUGCCGGGGGCUUACUGCGAGCCCAGCAUGGGGACCGUGGGCUCCCAGGACACCACCGGGCCCAUGACACGCGAUGAGCUCAAGGAUUUGGCUUGCUUGGGAUUCCAGGCGGACCUCGUGAUGCAGUCUUUCUGCCACACUGCUGCCUACCCGAAGCCUGUGGAUGUGAUCACGCACCGCACCCUGCCCAAGUUCAUCGCCGAUCGCGGCGGCGUUGCCCUGCGCCCGGGCGACGGAAUCAUCCACUCCUGGCUGAACCGAAUGCUGCUGCCAGAUGAGGUCGGAGACUCUCACACCCGCUUCCCUUUGGGCAUCUCCUUCCCAGCCGGCUCCGGGCUCGUGGCUUUCGGGGCUGCCACCGGCGUGAUGCCCCUGAACAUGCCCGAGUCGGUCCUGGUGCGCUUCAGUGGCAAGAUGCAGCCGGGAGUGACCUUGCGUGACCUGGUCCAUGCCAUCCCCUACUAUGCCAUCCAGCAGGGACUGCUGACCGUGGAGAAGAAGGGGAAGAAGAACAUCUUCAACGGCCGAAUCCUGGAGAUCGAGGGCUUGCCGGACCUGAAGUGCGAGCAGGCCUUCGAGCUGUCGGAUGCCUCGGCGGAACGGUCGGCGGCGGGCUGCACCAUCAAGCUGAACGAGGACUCCGUCAAAGAGUACCUGACUUCCAACAUCACGCUGCUCAAGUGGAUGAUCUCCGAGGGCUACAGCGAUCCCCGAACACUGGCCCGCCGUGUCAGCAAGAUGGAGAAGUGGCUUGAGAGCCCCACCCUCCUUGAGGCGGACAAGGAGGCCGAGUACGCCGCCGUGAUCAACAUCAACCUUGACGAGCUGAAGGAGCCGGUUCUCUGCUGCCCUAACGAUCCCGAUGAUGCCAAGACUCUCACUGAGAUUGGAACCGCGGGAAUUGAUGAGGUGUUCAUUGGCUCUUGCAUGACGAACAUCGGCCACUACCGCGCAGCUGGAAAGAUGCUGAGCCAGUUCGACGGCCAGUUGUCCACUCGCUUGUGGAUUGCGCCUCCCACCAAGAUGGACGAGGAGCAGCUCACCAAGGAGGGCUACUACUCCGUCUACGGCAAGGUGGGUGCCCGUACCGAGAUGCCGGGAUGCUCCCUCUGCAUGGGAAACCAGGCGCGAGUGGCCGACAACGCCACGGUUGUCUCGACUUCCACACGUAACUUCCCCAACCGUCUUGGCAAGGGUGCCAACGUCUACUUGGCAUCGGCAGAGCUCGCAUCCGUUGCCGCCAUCCUCGGGCGCCUGCCCACCAAGGAGGAGUACCUGAAGUAUCAUGCGGAGCUCGCCAAGAACGAGGAUUCCAUCUACAAGUACUUGAACUUCGAUCAGGUGGAGGAUUAUGUCGCGAAGGCUGACAAGGAGGAGCAGGAAGAGGACGAAGAGCCGAUACCUUUUGCGGAAACCGUGUGGAACGUGGCCUUAGUCCUGGGCUUCACUGAUGCUGGCUGGCUGGACAUCAUUCUGACCUUGAUCCUCGCGUGCAUGAGUGCCUUCAUGCAGAGUCUCUUCGUGGUGGUCAUUUUGAGCCCCAGCUUCUUGGGCGAGCCCUUCGAGUCUGAAAUACAGAUCGCAAGGACCUGGCGUGCCAACAUCGCCCAUGACUCAAAAUACAAGGAUCUUGCCGACACCAGUUUGGCAUCCAGAGUCUGUAAUGGCGAUGGCUCGCUGAUUCAGUCGACAGUGCAAGCCAACCUCCUCAGCGAGAUCGACAGCUUUCUGGGCAUCAGCGCUACCGGUGAGCCUUUCGAGCCGAGCAACCUGCAGCCGGGAACCAUACUCUCUGGGCUGUGCAUCUUGCUUUGGUGCAUUUAUCUCUGCAAGGAGUUUCGAGCCAUCUGGGUCUCUGUCGAGGCAGCUUUGCAGAUUCCACGGGCGCAUGUGACGAUCUUCAAGACUGGUCGCUUUGUCACCAUUUCCUGGCGCCGUCUCGGAGUGUACUUGACCCUGCGGCUGGCCAGGACUGCUGUGGCGGGCUGCCUGCUUUAUGCGGGCAUUCAGUGGCUGGCGCGGACCACGAACAUUGCAGACCUGAUCCUCAAUGCAGUCGCCUUGGGCGCCAUCCUUGAAAUAGAUGAGAUGAUCUUUGCAUCCUUGCUGCCCAAGAAAGUACAGGUCGCCAUUUACGAGUUGGAGGCUAUCCAGGUGAAGUACACACGCGCGAAAAGUCAGCUGGAAGGCCUCUUCAUUUUCAUCAUGGUGGCGACGCUUUCGCUGGCACCUUUCUUUCUUUGGGUGCAGCCACUGAGCCAGACGAUGAUCGCCGUGAAGAAGGAGUACUGCGCGAACAACCAGGACUUCGUGAUGGCUUUCAACGAGGUUGAUAAAGACGGAUCCUGCUUGAUCAGACUCCGCCAAGACUCCGACUCCCCAUCCUUGAAGCGCCAAGCCCAAGACCUGGGAAUACUUGAGCACGUGCUGGCUGGAGUCGGCACUUUGAUCGUUGGCAUUGGUGCCAUUGUCGGCAUUCUCGGGCUUAGUCAGGCGGCAGCGAUCGCAGACGAUCGCAUGCUGGUGGAAGGCCAGACGAACUUCCAGUUCGAACUGGGAACGGACGAAGGCGAGUGGUACCGCAGUGUAGUGUUCUUCCACGAAGCUGGAGUGGAUUGUCGAGAGCAUCAGAAUUCGUUGAGCAUCGUCCACGUCGCCACCAAUACCUCUCAGAGACUGUGGAUCCACGAGACUGGCUGCUGGCCUGGGCCAUUGGACUACCACGGCGUCAGCCUAUACCAAUCUCACGCCUUAGAUGCCAGGGACACAGAGGGGCGCAAUGGCACCUUUGCAGUGACCAGUGGCUACAGAACAUGGGUCGUUGAUGGAUACAGCGACUAUGCCCCGCGGCUACAUCGCCUCCUCUAUCAUCGGCAGAUUGUACCUGCCGUGAUUGGCUCUGUGCUGGCGGUGGUCGGCUUUAUGUUAUGCUGCGUGGCUUGCUGCUGCAUGGCAGGUCAGCAGUCCGCACCUGUCAAGGCCCCUUCGACAUACCCGGGAGCCGCACCUCUAUCAAACUAG